CCUAAACGUCACUUCCGGCCAAACACUCCAACUUGCAUCAUUUCCCAUCUCGAUUGUAGCUGGGGGAGUAGACAACGUUUAGGCUUUUGUUUUCUUUAUUUGGGCAGAGACCAUGGUGGAGCAGGUCCCUGAGUCAGUCAAUUUUCCCUCUGAAGAGGAGAAGAUCCUGCAGUUUUGGCAAGAGCAUGAUUGCUUCCAGGAGUGCCUCAAACAGUCCAAGAACAGGCCUAAGUACACCUUCUACGAUGGCCCUCCCUUUGCCACAGGUCUACCCCACUAUGGUCACAUCCUAGCUGGAACCAUCAAGGACAUUGUUACUCGUUUUGCCCACCAGAGUGGCUUCCACGUGGAUCGGCGCUUUGGCUGGGAUUGUCACGGCCUUCCUGUCGAGUAUGAGAUUGAUAAGACUUUGGGGAUCAAAGGGCCUGAAGAUGUGGCCAAAAUGGGCAUUGCCGAGUACAACAAGCAGUGCAGAAACAUUGUUAUGAGAUACUCCAACGAGUGGGAGGCUUCAGUGAAGAGAAUGGGCCGAUGGAUUGACUUCAAGAAUGACUACAAGACUCUCUACCCAUGGUUCAUGGAGAGUGUCUGGUGGGUCUUCAAACAGCUGUAUGACAAAGGUCUGGUGUAUCAAGGUGUCAAAGUCAUGCCUUUCUCUACUGCCUGCAACACCCCUCUCUCUAACUUUGAGUCCAACCAGAACUAUAAGGAUGUUCAGGAUCCAUCGGUGAUUGUUAACUUUCCACUGCUUGAGAAUGAGGAUAUUUCUUUGAUUGCUUGGACAACAACACCGUGGACACUGCCGAGCAACUUGGCCCUCUGUGUCAAUCCAGAGUUCCCGUAUAUCAAAGUCAAAGAUAACACCACAGGCAAGACCUACAUUAUGAUGGAGGCCAGGCUGGGAGCUCUCUUUAAGUCGGAGAGCGAGUACACUGUCUUGGACAAAUUUCCUGGUAAGAUGCUGAAAGGGAAAAAAUACAAGCCUCUCUUCCCGUACUUUGCCAAGUGUGCAGAGAAAGGAGCAUUCCAGGUGGUGACGGAUAACUACGUCAAGGAGGAAGAGGGCACAGGAGUGGUCCACCAGGCACCUUACUUUGGAGCUGAUGACUACAGGGUGUGUACAGAAUACAACAUCAUCCAGAGGGACCAGGCGCCUAUCUGCCCUGUGGACGCCUCAGGCUGCUUCACUUCAGAGGUCACUGACUUUGCUGGACAGUAUGUCAAAGAUGCUGACAAGAACAUCAUCAAGUGGCUAAAGGAGAAGGGCCGCCUUGUGAAUGCCAGCACUUUCAAACAUAGUUACCCCUUCUGCUGGAGGUCUGACACACCCCUGAUCUACAAAGCUGUCCCCAGCUGGUUUGUCCGAGUGGAGCACAUGGUGGACAAAUUACUUGACAACAAUGGAAAAUGUUACUGGGUUCCGGAGUUUGUGCGUGAGAAGCGUUUCGGGAACUGGCUGAGAGAGGCACGUGACUGGGCGAUUUCGAGGAACCGUUACUGGGGUACACCGAUCCCUCUCUGGGUCAGCGAUGACUUUGAAGAGGUGGUAUGUGUAGGGUCCGUAUCUGAAUUGGAGGAACUGACCGGAGUCAAAGUAACUGAUCUGCAUCGAGAAAGCAUUGACAAUCUGACAGUCCCAUCAAGGUGUGGUAAGGGUAUGCUGCGGAGGGUCACAGAGGUAUUCGACUGCUGGUUUGAGAGCGGCAGCAUGCCUUAUGCCCAGGAGCACUACCCCUUUGAAAACAGGAAGGAAUUUGAAGACACUUUCCCUGCAGACUUCAUCGCUGAAGGCAUCGACCAGACAAGAGGAUGGUUCUACACCCUCUUGGUGCUCUCCACAGCCCUGUUCGGAAAACCGCCCUUCAAGAAUGUCAUUGUUAAUGGCUUGGUACUUGCUAGCGAUGGGCAGAAGAUGAGCAAGCGCAAGAAGAACUACCCAGAUCCUGCACUGAUGGUGCAGAACUAUGGAGCUGAUGCCCUCAGACUGUACCUCAUCAACUCUCCUGUGGUGAGAGCAGAGAACUUGCGUUUUAAAGAGGAGGGUGUGCGAGACGUGUUGAAGGAUGUCUUCUUGCCGUGGUAUAAUGCCUAUCGCUUCCUUGUGCAGAAUGUACAAAGGUUACAGAAGGAGGAUGACAUUCAUUUCCUAUACAAUGAGAACACGGCGAAGCAGAGCGAAAACAUCAUGGAUAAAUGGAUUCAGUCCUUCACACAGUCCCUCAUCCAGUUCUUUAAGGCUGAGAUGGAUGCUUACCGCCUGUACACUGUUGUUCCUCGCCUGGUCAAGUUUGUGGACAUGCUUACUAACUGGUACGUCCGGACCAACAGACGCCGUCUGAAGGGAGAGAGUGGCACUGAGGACUGCCUGUGGGCGCUCGAAACCCUCUUGAGUGUUCUGUUCUCCAUGUGCAGGCUGAUGGCCCCUUUCACACCUUUCAUUACAGAGAUGAUGUACCAAAAUCUACGUCAUCUCAUUGACCCUGCCUCUGUCGAAGAAAAGAACACCAGUAGCAUCCAUUAUCUCAUGCUGCCCCAUGUCAGGGAGAGUUUAAUUGACAAGCGCAUUGAGAACGCUGUCUCUCAGAUGCAGUCUGUGAUUGAGCUGGGCAGAGUGAUCCGAGACAGGAAGACCCUGCCUGUCAAGUACCCACUGAAGGAGGUGGUAGUAAUUCACCAGGAUGCAGAGGCUCUGAAAGAUAUCCAGUCCCUGCAGAAAUACAUCCUGGAAGAGCUUAAUGUGCGACAGUUAACACUGUCAACAGACAAAGACAAGUAUGGUAUCCGUCUACGAGCCGAGCCAGACCACAUGGUUCUGGGCAAGAGACUGAAGGGGGCUUUCAAAGCCAUCACUGCUUCUAUCAAGGAGCUCACCAGCGAACAGCUAGAGGCUUUCCAGAAGACAGGAUCCAUCAUGGUGGACGGCCAUGAGCUUCACGAGGAGGACCUGAGGCUGAUGUACACGUUCAACCAGAGCUCCGGCUCAGCUGCACAGUAUGAAGCGCACUCUGAUGCACAGGUCCUGGUGCUGCUGGAUGUCACCCCAGACCAGUCCAUGGUGGAUGAAGGCGUUGCCAGAGAGGUCAUCAACCGCAUUCAGAAACUGCGCAAGAAGGGCCAUUUGGUGCCAUCAGAUGAGAUAACUGUGUACUACUACUGCCAGCCAGAGGGGGGGUACUUGGACUCUGUGAUCCAGGCUCACACUGACUUUAUCCUGUCAACCACCAAGGCUCCACUUCUGCCCUUCCCUGUCCCCAAGGCCACCAGUAUCAUCAUAGAGGAAAAGACACAGCUGAAGGGCUCCGACUUGGAGUUAACCAUAGUAAAGGGAGCUUCGGCUCCUCAGGCUCCUCUCAGUGGACCAGCUUGCUCCUACGUGAACCUCAGGGUGAAGGUCAACAAGAAAGAACAAGAGGGGGUGGUGCUGUUGGAGAACCCUAAAGGAGAUAAUAGACUAGACAUGGACAAACUGAAGAAAGUGUGCAGCAGCAUCUUUGAAACAAAUAACACACAGCUGAGGUUCUUUAAUGGCGAGACUGAGCUGGUGAGCCAAACGGAGCUUCAGCCUCUGAGUGGUAAAACUUUGUCAGUGACUUCAGGCUCUUCCUCCCCUGGACACGUCCCCACCACUGAUGCUCUUCUGUGUCCUUACGUGAACCUGCUACUUUGCAACGCACAACCAGCUGAGUGCCAGACAGGAGAAGUGGGCACCCUCCUGCUAGUGAAUCCAGUGGGCCAGAAUGGGCUUGACUACUCGGGUCUCCUGUCUGAAGCUGCCAAGGUUUUCGGCCUCCGCAGUAGGCGGCUCAAACUCUACCUGGACCAGGACCUCACCCAGGAGCUGCCAACUGAUUCAACAGUAAAAUCUCUAGACACCAGAACUCUGUUUGUGAGAGUUCUUCCAACAACUGCUGAAGCAUAAAUCCAGAAAAGUUGUCCUAGGAUCUUACUAUCAACAUUUUCUCAGAUUUACCACAGGUUCCAUUGGUUGACUUUUUUUUUUUUUAAACCUCUAACAUCCCAUAGCACCACCCACUGAUGUACAGUGGAUUUAUCACAACUUAAUGUGUUUGUUUCAGACAAAAUUAAACUGAAGGUAACUUGAGAUUUCAGUGUGUUAAAUAUCAUUCCGAAAUGUGAUAGUAACUCUGAUCCAUCAUCAUAUUUAGCCAAGACUCACUGUUCUCCUCCCUGAUGCAGUUUCUUUCUCUCAUACUGUAUUUAAUUUGUCAUCAUUUCUAAGUCACGGUUUUAUAAAAAGCACCAUUUGUUAUCAGGCUGUAUUUAUUCUGGACAGAAAAGGGAUUGGCAUUAUUCUAUAGAAAGUGAAAGCAUUUCAUGAACAUGAGGCUUGUUUGUACCCACUGGAUAGAUGUGUCAGGUGGCGGGACAUAGAAUCUGGGAUUUGUCCUGGAAAACUGGGAAAACCAGACAUCAGACUACCCAGAAAGAAAAGCCAAAGGUUUGUUUAACUCAGAUUUAAAGAUUUGUGUUAGUCAGUAUAUUUUAUUGGAAAUGACUCAUCCAGGUAACUGUCUAGCUGUCAGUAACGCCAGUGAAUGUUUUUUCUUUAUUAUGCUAAUGGGAAAAUUUGUGCAAGCUACUUCUCUUCAAGCCUUAUUUGAGCUGAGCUUAGUCCAGAGUAAUUAUUGCUGCUAUUGCUCUUAAUUGGGAAACCAAUUUGGCCUAUUGUGCUUUCAUACACUUUUGAAUUUAACAGAUAAACCUCUUCUGUUCACUGGGAGUCCUUUGACAGUUGAAAAGGCAUUUAAAAGCUGGAAUGGAUUUUCAGGCUGUUGUACCGUAGGGAUAAAAGGAUUCUGUAAUAAAAGUAAUAUAGAUAUUGCUCUAUUUUAAGUGACACAUGGAAUAAAACAAAGGUAACUAGAAAAAUCAACUUUUAUUUUUCAGUGUCCCCACAAUCCCUUACCUCCUCUGCCAAUUCUCACAGGUCUUCGUACAUUGUUGUACAUCUCUGACAAUAUAUGAAUGUUGUUCAGAGAAUGAUGAUGAAACAAAAAAAAGUGAAAUAAAGAAAAUUAAGUAGAGAUAGAAAAAGAAACCAGUUAGUUAUAAAAGGUUGGCAUUUCUGAAUGAAUUUCACAGAGCUUCCUACCACCUCAUACCUGAUCAGGUUUUAGAAAAACUUGACAUUCUUAAACCACUGACAAAUGUUUGGGUUCCAGCUGGAUUACCUGACUGACAUAGAAGAGUGCCUUACUAUUAAAGAUGGAUAAAAUGUCUGGAAGUGAAUGUGUUCCAGUCCUCAGGGACACUA